CGGUAGGGGCAGAGAUGCAGAAGAGGAGAAAGAAGAAAAUCAGGAGAGCCCUCCUGAGGGGCAGAGCCCAUGCCUGUCACGCAGUGGAUGCGGGACUUCAGCAGACACGGAUAACAGGAAAUGAUCCGGCCCCUGUGCUCACUUAUGCUAAAGGCCCCAACCUUCAAAGUGCAAGUCAGGGAAUGGAUGACUCCACAGAGAGGGAGCUGUCACGGCUUCCUUCUUGCCCUAAGAAAGGAGAAGAAAUGAAACUGCAGUGCGUCCCCAUCCUGGCGCAGAAGGAAAGCCCCUCGGUCCGAUUCUCCCGAGACGAGAAGCUGCUGGCCGUGACCUUGCUGCUGGCUCUGCUGUCCAGCGGCCUCACGGUGCUGGCUUUCUCCCGGGUGGCCGCCCUGCAAGCCGACCUGGAGAGCCUGCGGGCGGAACUGCGCGACUCGCGCGCGCAGCCAGCGCGUCCCGAGUCAGGAGCCGCGGGACCCAAAGGGAUCGUGGCUCCAGCGGCUCCUGGAGAAAGCAACUCCAGCCAGAACGCCCGGCGCAAGCGCGCCCUGGAGGGGGUAGAGGACACAGUCACUCAAGACUGCUUGCAACUGAUUGCAGAUGGUGAUAUGCCGACUAUCCGAAAAGGAUCUUAUACAUUUGUUCCAUGGCUACUCAGCUUUAAAAGAGGUAGAGCAUUGGAAGAAAAAGGGAAUAAAAUAGUGGUGAAAGAAACCGGUUACUUCUUCAUCUAUGGUCAGGUUUUGUACACCGAUAACACCUUUGCCAUGGGGCACCUAAUUCAGAGGAAAAAAGUCCACGUCUUUGGCGAUGAGUUGAGUCUGGUGACAUUGUUCCGAUGUAUUCAGAAUAUGCCGGAAACACUACCCAAUAACUCCUGCUAUUCAGCUGGCAUUGCGAAGCUGGAAGAAGGAGACGAGCUGCAGCUUGCCAUUCCCCGGGAGAACGCUCAGGUCUCCCUGGAUGGGGAUGGCACCUUCUUCGGGGCGCUGAAGCUGCUGUGACCCAAGUCUGGGUGUCAUGCUUCCUUCCCUCCCUGGCCCUGCACCUCUGCGGGGAGACACUGAACUGGAAAUACCAAAAGAGGAAAAAACCAUGCAGUUACCAUAGACCUUGCUGUGCACUGUUUGUUUUGGUUUGCUGAAACUGGUCCAAAACAGGAAAUUUUAACAGCCAGCUGCAGCCAGAGUGCCAUGUGAUUUUCAAGAACCAGGGCCCAUAUUCGGAAAGAUAGAAUUAGGAAGACUUUUCACUGCAAGUCUGUGUAGUCCUAGCUUCUUGUGUUGAAGCAGAAAGGAAUGCAAAGAGCAAUCCUAAUUUCCUCAAGAGCAGAAGUGGACAUUUGUAAGUACUUGUGUAGUUGCAGUUGCAGCUACAUUUCAGCAAGUCCUUAAAUGUGUACAUUGCAGUUAUCCUACAUGAAAAGUUUCUGAGUACGUGCCACAAACACACGGUACUGAAACAUCGAUGGGAAGUCUCAGGACUGAUCAGUUUUCAGGUUACAUAUUCUGGUCAAGUCUCUUUUUCAGUUAAUUAAGCAAUUUCUAGAUAUCUUGCACUAAAUACAUGAAAAACUAAAAGUUUAGUUUUAUGUUUUUGUACCAAUUAAAAUAAUCUAAAUUUAAAUAUUAAAUAAGUGUACUGAAAAUAGGGUACACAUAUUUCACAGUUUUCAUGUUUAACGUUAUCUGUUACCUAGGCAUUUUUUCACAGGAGGAAAUUUCCUUCUUUGUGUAUGCACACAUGCAUUUUUUUAGAGUUAAUUCCAGUUACUUCAGAAGCUUUUAAUAUGGGCUAUUUCUAAUUUAUUCAUAUGAAGAACUAAUAGAAUAGAAACUAAAGUUGCACUUAUGUAAAUUAAAGUCGCUAGAAGUUAAGUGAGUCCAUGUAGAAUAAAGUAAUAUAAUUUUCUUCAUUUCCAGUUCUUCUCUUUCAAGGUACUGCUAUUGUAGAACAGGUAUUUCAUAAAGGAUUGUACGGGAGAAUGAUGCAAUAUUUACUGUUUAUGACAUCUGUUCACUUUGGUUUUUGUCUUCUGUUCUUAUGUUACUAAUUAAUAGUGAAUUUUAUUAGGCAGUUUACUUCUUCAGUUUAAAUAGUAGAUGGAAGAAUAGACUGUAGUCUACACUUAUUUCCCAUCUAUGUUAAAAUAUUUUAAGAUGU